UAGAUUAUGACAUACAAUGCUCCGUAGGUAAUAUCAAACAGGAACAUUGUUGUGAGGUUCCAAAGCUGACCAAAAGGGCGCUGGCUAGAAGCCUUGCUGAAAUACAACAGCUUAGGGGUCCUGAAUUAGAGAGAGUUGUUGAACUGCUGAGGCGUGAUGGCUAUUUUGGUACAAACAAAGAUGGAGUAGAGGUUGAUAGUUUCGGUUGUCUCAAAGACUAUCUGCUCUAUUCAAAGAUCAGAUCCCACACAUUAUCUAACGUGGGCAGAGCGAUAUUUGAAUGGCUUCAAGACGCAGAUGAAACAGCACUGAAGGUAUUUUAGCCCUCUGAAGAUGUUUCAUAUCAGAGAAAAUUAACCCUCACGGCAACUCAUCUCAUCUUGAACAAUAUUUACACCAAGUCACAGGAGGAAAUAGAACAUAUAUGCCAGGUUCAAUUUGAACAGCCAGAGAAACCACCAGUCCAGCAGAUGUACGAGUCUCUGCACAGAGCCUUAUCGGGGACAUCGUUCUCCAAAUUCACUGAUAGAACGCAGACUGGCAAAUACACUAUACAGAUGUUAUUGACUGCACUGUUCACAUCAGAUACAAAUCAUAAUCAGAGGAAUAACCAGGCCACUGAUGAUGGUGUACAAGAGGGGUUGAAUCACUUUGAGAUAGCAUUACUUCUACAAGAUAACAGGUAUAUCGACAACAUCCUAAGCAAGGAGGAUGCGAUUGAGCUUUCCAGAAUGAUUUCCGAUUGGGGAGGUGAUGAACCAGGUGAUGAACCACAGCAAGAAGUAGAGGGUGCCCCUGCUUUAACGAAAGAUGCAGUUGGACCAGCUGUUAGUGAUUCAACUGUUGAAUGGGAAAAGGCACAGGACGAGUUUUUACAACAAUUGGAAGGUGCCAUAAGUGAUCAAUCUGACGAUAGUCCUGCAGCCGACUCAGGAGCUUUCUCUAAUGAUAAGAGGACUACACAUGCAGGCAAAAAAGUUGUUGGAAGCUCUUGCAAACUCCUCAGAGCUGUCUUCCCCAGUAUUCGAUUUAUUAUCUUAUUCACAAGAUGAAAUCAAGUGCGUCUAUUUCUCCAACUCUAUUGAUGACGAGCUCUACGAAAGCUUGAUACCAACACUCUCAUUAGAUGUUUGCCAUUUGUCUUUGCACAAUAGUCAAAGAUACAAAGAUGAUUUUCGUACAUUAUACACUAUUGUUGGGCAGGCUGGGUCCAAGGGACUUGUUCCCCUGGGUAUGAUGCUUUCAAAGAAUGCAGAAUGUGGAUUAGAAUGGUUUACCUUCCUAUACACAUUCUUCAAGAAGAACGGUGGAUCGCAUUGGAAGAAGUUACGGGAAUCUCUGCAAUUGCAUGAUGAUAGUAUCACUGAGGAGAGCAUUCCCCCAUUACAAAUCAUAUCGGAGCAGGAUAAGGGUAUCAAGAAGGCCUUGGAUAUGUUGAGAACCCGGUGUGGUGUUCCGAUUGAAAGCUUCGCAUGUUCCAAACACGUCCAAAGAAACCUCUCUAAGUACACAAUUGCAAAGCAU